AAGAAGCCGUUUCUGGUGGUAGUCAACAUGGCGUUCAGUUUUGGCGGCGCCACGGGAAACACAGCUGCAAGCGCCCCUGGGUUUUCAUUCGGUACAUUUGGUGCUAAGACCACAGCAUCUACAGCUUUUGGCUUUGGCCCCGCAGCCACCACCACCACCGCCUCAUCCGGAUUCGGCACUCUUACAGCUCCUGGUUUUGGGGCAGCCACCACCACUGCUGCUGCUGCACCAGCCACAGGAUUUGGUUUUGGCUCCACCAACACUGGAUUUGGGGGGCUGGGAGCUGGAAACACCACGGCUGGUGCAUUUGGUGGCUUUGGGACGACCACAACAACUGCUGCUCCAGCAGGGUCCACUUUUAGCUUUGCUGCUCCCUCCAACACCGCAGGAGGCCUGUUUGGUAACACGCAGAACAAAGGGUUUGGUUUCUCCUCUGGGCUCGGCACAGGAACCGCUGCUGGGACAACAGGAUUUGGGACUGGAUUAGGAACGACUGGCCUGGGUGGGUUUGGAGGCUUUAAUAUCCAGUCAACUCAGCAGCAGCAAGGAGGCUUGUUCGGCCAGCAGGCUCAGCAGCAGGGUCAGGCUCAGCCCACCCACCUUUACCAGCAGGUCACUGCUCUGUCAGCUCCCACCUUGUUGGGAGAUGAGCGUGACUCCAUCUUAGCUAAAUGGAACCAGCUACAGGCGUACUGGGGCACAGGGAAGGGCUACUACAGCAACAACAACCCACCUGUGGACUUCACACUGGAGAACCCAUUCUGCAGGUUCAAGGCAGUGGGCUAUAGCUGUGUCCCAGUCAGUAAGGAUGAGGAUGGUUUAGUGGUCUUGGUUCUCAAUAAAAAGGAAGCUGAUGUGCGAGUGCAGCAGCAGCAGCUGGUGGAGUCUCUCCAUAAGGUCCUGGGAAGCAACCAAACACUCACUGUCAAUGUAGAUGGUGUCAAAGCCCUGCCAAAUGACCAGACAGAGGUGAUCAUUUACGUGGUGGAGCGUUCUGCUAAUGGCACCUCCAAGCGGAUCCCCGCAACCACACUCUUCAGUUAUCUGGAGCAGGCCAACAUCAAGGUCCAGCUCACACAGAUUGGAGUGGCCAUGUCUGUCACACGCACAGAGCUGUCACCAGCACAGCUCAAACAGCUGCUGCAAAAUGCUCCCGCAGGAGUGGACCCUAUCAUUUGGGAACAGGCCAAGGUAGACAACCCUGACCCAGAGAAGUUAAUCCCAGUACCUAUGGUGGGUUUUAAGGAGCUCCUUCGCAGGCUGCAGAUCCAGGAGCAGAUGACCAAACAGCAUCAGACCAGAGUGGAUAUAAUCUCCAGUGACAUCAGUGAACUGCAGAAGAACCAGGCGACCACAGUGGCAAAGAUUGCCCAAUACAAGAGGAAACUGAUGGAUCUCUCUCACAGAGUGCUGCAGGUGCUGAUUAAACAGGAGAUUCAGAGGAAAAGUGGUUACGCUAUCCAAGUGGAUGAGGAGCAUCUCAGGGUGCAGCUGGACACCAUUCAGUCUGAACUCAAUGCUCCCACACAGUUCAAGGGUCGGUUGAACGAACUAAUGUCCCAAAUCCGGAUGCAAAACCACUUUGGAGCUGUGAGAUCAGAAGAGCGCUACAGUGUUGAUGCAGACCUGCUCAGAGAAAUCAAACAACACUUGAAGCAGCAGCAGGAUGGUUUAAGUCAUUUGAUCAGUGUCAUCAAAGACGACUUGGAAGACAUCAAACUUAUAGAGCACGGGCUGAGCGACAGUGGACACAUGAGAGGAGGCAUCCUGAGCUGAGUCUACCCAACAAAUACACACAUGUGCUCUGACUCUUACUUUCACGAUCAAUUUCCUGAAAAGGGGGUAUACCGGUCACAAAGAACAGUCAACAUGUCCUUUUUAUCAGCAGUUUGCCAGGUUUAUCAGGAUUUGCCCCAUUAUCUGUACCAGCAACACAAUGACUGGUUAAUCUUUCUGGACCGAUGUAGACAGCUUAAUGGAAAGACUCGACAUCAUCUAAUAAUAGCUGGCUUCCCUCAUGUCACGUCAGAUUAUAAAUAUGCGACUAUGCGUGUGAUUGGCAUGUAAACAAGUCAUGGGAUUGAGUGUGUUGUGAUUGAAUACAUUGUAAAUACAUCUUUGUAUUUCUUUUUUAUGCUGUUAGAAUAUUAUUAAAAUUUCAUUUAAAUUGAAAACCAAGU